UCGGUGCUGACAGCGGGCGGCGAGAGCUGCCGAUCUGCAGAGCCUCAGCUUUAGUUCUCGGGCUCGCCUUUGUCCCGUGUUUGGCACUUGUCAAAGUACGGCGCCCCAUCGGCGGACGCCCGGCGCUCUGCGGGAUGACGCGCCCGGGUCGUGGCUCCCGCCGGCGGUAGCGGGGGAAGCGAUGCUGCCCGGAGCGGCCGGAGCCGCCUGAGGGACCGCGGGGCGGCGCGACACGGGGCCGCCUCGCGCCAUGAGCGCUGGGAGCGGCUGCGCUGGGCAGCUCCGCGAUCCCGGGGCCAGGUAACCGCGGAGGAGGCGCCCGGACGGCGGGACCAUGGUGAAGGAGGAGUGCAAGGCGCUGCUGGACGCGCUCAGCAGGGUGACCGCCUGCUACCGGCACAUGGUGCUGACCAUCGGCGGCACCUCGGACUCGCAGAACCUGCGCGAGGAGUUGAAGAAGACCCGGCAGAAAGCACAGGAGCUGGCGGUGGCCAACAGGAACAAGCUGACCGCGGUGCUGAGGGAUAAAACCGUGAGUAAGGAGGACAAAGCCGAGUUUGAGAGACUAUGGGUGAUUUUCUCCACGUGCCUAGAGAUCCUGGAGAUCGACAUGAGGAGAGCCCUGGAGCUGGGGCACGAGUUCCCGCUGAACGUCCCCAAAAAACACCUGAUCCAGACGGGCAUGAGCGGGGGUACGUCUGGUGUGGCUGCCCGGGCCAUGAGUGUCCAGAACAUGAAGUACGAGGCCGAGCACAACAUUGACGUGGUGGAUCUGAAGGACCUAGAGAACGAAAUCAACCAGGUAGGAGAAAUGAUGUACGAGAUGGAAAUGAAGGUCAAUGUCCCCCAGUGGACGGUAGAGGCUAAGCAAGACCCUGGGGCUGAACUCAAAUCCACCAUCAGCGUGGGCGCUUCUUCCAUUGGCAUGAUCUCUGUGGAGGAAAAUAAAUCCUUCUGCGAUAUCAGCAAAGUUCUGGCUGGGAUUGUUUUCUCCGCUGUUCUCAUUAUUGCUAUUGUGCUGGCAGUGUGUGUGGUAAAACUCUCAUAGACUGUGCUGGCACUGGAGAGCUCUCACAGGGCCGCCCAAAAGUGCUUCGUGCCACACGUCUCUUGUCACCUGGGUGCGCUGAGUAUCUAAUCCUAGCACUUGGAAAUGUAACUAAAAACAUCUGCCUCUCAAUAUCCUGAAAUGCACAGUUCCUUUCAUGCUUUUUGAAGAAAAAGAUGCAGAUCAGCCUGCAAACUAGGAUGUGUUUGUUAGCUGGACUUGUAAGGGUUAACUGUGAGGUACUGAAGGUAUUAUCACUACUGGCUAUAACAGCGAUUUGUCUGCUAUUAAUAGAUUGUCACUCUGAGAAGCCUGUAUUUUUUGUUCUUGACUAGGCUCUGCAGUUUGCUGCUGCUCACUGUUUACAGUAUUUCUGACUGACACAAAUUUGGAGGCCAACACAGGUGUUUUUGUGUGACAGUAAACAGAAUGGAUUGGGAUUUUUUUUUUUCCAGCAAUACACAAGAUAUUAUUUAAGUGGAGGAAAAAGGAUGGACACACCAGUAAGAGCAUGUAAAUAUCUAUUUUAAUAAACGUUAAUGAUCAGGGAGGUGUGGAGGAGGGCAGAGCAAACUAGCAGUAUUCAGCAAGUACAGUUUGUAGCUUUAGACUGGGCUGCACAGAACCCAGAUACCGAGGUUGGCACUGCACAAAUGGAUGGCUUUCCACACCCUGAGAGAGCAAAGGUAGAGCUGCGUAGUCAGAAAAAUACUAGCAAGCCCUGUGGUUUACUUCCACAUUUACCGUGAUUUUGUCUCCCCCUGGAGAAAGGCUGAUCCUUGCCUCUGGUCAGGUUCUUUCUAUCGAUGCAAUCUGUCUGAACUUCAGAGCUGACCAUGAGAUGAGAAGCAGCGAAUCCACCAACAGCAGAUGACAUAAUUUUUGGAAAUAGUUUGGCAAACAGCAGCGAUGUAGGGUGAAAGCAGACCUUUCUAGUCAUCCCAAAAGAGAUGGUCUCUCAUGUCGACGGGCAGAGAUUUGGGCUUCUUGACAGUCAGUCACGUUUCUGCAAACUCCUGAGGUCUUUGCAGAAAUGCAGAUAAAGCUAAAAAAAUAAAAGUAAAAAUCUGUUUCAUGUCUCAUUCAUUUCUGAGAAAUCAUUUGGGAAAGAGGAAGUCUGUAGUACUGGACACAUAACUGGUCCAAUUGGAUACCCUGCAGUUUGGGACGAUAAAAGCAAGAGCAGCAGAAAACUCCCAGUGUUUACCUAAAACUUGCCUGUUGAAAUGUAGAACUGAGGGGACACUGACUUUGCAGAGAAGCUCUGUUAUGUCUCGUAAAAGGACCCAUGUGUUAAUGUUCUUUAUUAUGUAAUUUAUGGAGAUUCUUUCUGUUCAUGUAAAUACACACCAUUCAUUCAGGAAUGCUUAGUACAUACAUUAUAGUGCGUAUGAGACAUUCUGCAGGGCAAUUAUAGAGACCCAUUUACAUGGGGGUUUUAAUACAUAAUUAGUCUGCCACCCCAGUUAUUAUGGACACAUAUCAAAAGGUAAUCAUCAGAUAUGGCUGGUGAAGUUACUAGAAAACAAUCUAUCUUUGUUAGUGAAUGUUACCAACAUAUAUGAACAGGUGAUAAGUUUUUGAGUUGAGGACAAAACUUUUAAGAACAGCAGCAGGUGACUUUUAAAUGUGUAAUAAAACUGGAUUUGGGUAGAAAAAGCAUGUACAAGUUUGAAUCUAGUGAGGAAAAAGAAUGCCAAGUGAAGGCUUGAGCUGUGAGUAAUGCACAUUGAUCCAGUCUAGACACGAUUCACAUAGGAACUGAUGUAUAAGACUCUUCCUUUCUACUGUGUUUCAGUCAUUCCAUAGGAUGUGUUUUGUACAUAUUGAACUUAGGAUAGAUCCUGAGCAGCACUCUUAAACAGUCAAGCCUGUUUUAAUUGGUGCUACUGCUUCAGUCUGUCUAGACAUAUAUGAGGUGUAAUAGCUGUGUUUUGAUUUAAAUGCUGAGAACUCUUUCACAAUAACACUGAGUAAACACAUUUAUAGAAAAUACAGCAAAAGCUGCAGGAGAAUGUACUGUUAAGGAUGGCCACCACUAGUCACUAAGGGUUUGUUUGUCAUUGUAGUCUCCUGUUACUUAGUUCACAUGAAGGUGCAUCAGAAGUUGGACUUUUUUCUUUGCUUCUUGAAAAUGUCAUAUUCCUUUUGAAAUCAGGGAAUUUGAACUCAUGUUCUGAAAACCCCAGUAAUGUGAGUCGGGUUUCUGGGGGAUAAAAAAAAACAUGGUAACAUAACAUCUACUGCAUUCAUUAUUUUGUGCUUUGGUACAAAGUGGAUAUAACAUUUAGCAACAGUUAUUUGUAUAGAGGGAUUUUUAAGUCUUCAAAAGGAAGCCAUGGUGAGCUCAUGAGCUGAAUAUUUUCAGUCCAUUACUUUUUUGCUUUGAUUUUCAAUAACGCAGGACCUGAAGACUUGGUAAUUAUGUAAGUCUUACUUCAUUUGAGUGUGCAUGCAGUUAGUAAAGGAUUGAACCGUGUAAAAAUAACGUCUUUUGAGAUUCUAAGACAAAGGCGGCUUCAGAUUUAUCCACUGUUAAUUUGUUCAUUAAAGUCUGUAUUUUUUUAUAUAUGAAAUCAAAAGAUGAAGUAGAAUUCUAAGAGGAUCGUUACAGUCUCUUCUAAAUGGAUAGUGUUAUUAAUUCCUGUUAUUAAUCUCCUGUGUAAAAAAGCACACUUGAAACAAGUGUAUGCACAAUGUGACAGAGUCUAGGAGCAUGAGUACACAAAUCAAAAUGGUCUGAAACCACCACUGUCCAAAAGCUUUGAUGUUUCUCUUAAAUUAAGAAACAAAUAAGUGUGCUAGAGUCAUCGAUUUUUUCCCAGUGGAGUGGAAGUGGAACGAGAAUGGAAAUGGAAGGUCAAAUUUCAAAUACUCUGAAUUUAGCAUGAUGAGAACACAAAUACUCUGCUGCUGACCAGUGAAUGAGAACGUCACUGUGUUUUCACUACAAAUGAAGAUGCUCGUUGCUUAAUUUGAAUCUUGUUCUACUUCAGUUUUUUGUCCUUAUUCAUAGGACACACACUAAAUUUGCUGAAUACUGAAAUCUUAUCACUGACUUGAAUUCUAUUGUUUUUUGCCUGUGCAUGAGUGGUAUUUUCUACACUUGAAUGAAACUUGUUAUUGUCACUAUUUAUUUAACUUAAAAUAAAGUAUGUUCUUAUAACUUAA